AUGUUUGCAUUCCAGUGCAUUUUUCACUUCCGGGCGAACCUCAAAAACUCGGAAUCUCAGAAUCUCAGAAUCUCAGAAUCUCAGAAUCUCAGAAUCUCAGAAUCUCAGAAUUCCAGAAUCUCAGAAUCUCAGAACCUCAGAAUCUUAGAAUCUCAGAAUUUCGGAAUUCAAGAAUCUCAGAAUCUCAGAAUCUCAGAAUCUGGGAAUUCCAGAAUCUCAGAAUCUCAGAACCUCAGAAUCUCAGAAUCUCAGAAUCUCAGAAUUUCGAAAUUCAAGAAUCUCAGAAUCUCAGAAUCUCGAAAUUCAAGAAUCUCAGAAUCUCAGAAUCUCAGAAUCUCAGAAUCUCAGCAUCUCAGAAUCUCAGAAUCUCAGAAUCUCAGAAUCUCAGAAUCUCAGAAUCUCAGAACCUCAGAAUCUCAGAAUCUGGGAAUUCCAGAAUCUCAGAACCUCAGAAUCUCAGAAUCUCAGAAUCUCAGAAUCUUAGAAUCUGAGAAUCUGAGAAUCUCAGAAUCUCAGAAUCACAGAAUCUCAGAAUCUCAGAAUCUCAGAAUCACAGAAUCUCAGAAUCUCAGAAUCUAUGGAUCCCAGAUACAUUGA